CCACCUCCCCCUCCUAAAUUAACACAAUACAAACAUCCCUUAACCUCUCAUUCCAAAACCACACAUACAUUUUCUCUCUCCUCCCUCCUCCCAACACAAAUCCCACUCUCUUCUCUCUCUCAUUUUCCAUUUUCCAAUUUUCUCUCUCCUCAGCUUCUUCCGCCAUUGAAGCUGCGAUGUCGGACCACGCAGAGGAGCACCACGAGUCAUCAUCGUUGAUGGAGAAGAUCUCCGAUAAGAUUCACGGUCACGAUUCAUCAUCGUCUUCAUCCGACGAAGAAUCCGAUAAGAAAAAGUCUUCGUCGUCGGAGACGCCGUCUGUUCCUGCUGCUGCUCACGUGCCGCCUCCGGAGGUUGUUCCUGCGACGGAGAAAGCGGAGGCGCCUGCUUCUCCGUCGUCUUCGACUUCUUCGAAGAUCUAUCGCCUUUUUGGUCGCCAGAAGCCUGUUCAUAAGGUCCUUGGUGGUGGCAAACCUGCUGAUGUUCUCCUGUGGAGGAACAAGAAGAUUUCUGCCUCUGCACUUGGUGUAGCUACUGUUAUUUGGUUUCUCUUUGAACUUCUCGAAUAUCAUUUGCUGACGCUGCUCUGCCACAUCUUGAUAUUUACUCUAGCGGUCCUUUUCCUUUGGUCAAAUGCUUCUGCAUUCAUCCACAAGGCUCCACCACGUAUUCCAGAUGUUCACAUUCCUGAUAAUGCUCUCCUGGAAUUUAUCUCAGUAUUAAGAUUUGAAAUAAACCGAGCUCUUUCUGUUCUACGGGACAUUGCCUCUGGGAAAGAGCUGAAGAAGUUUUUUAGAGUAAUCGCCGGCUUGUGGGUUGUCUCAGUUGUUGGAAGUUGGUUCAACUUCCUGACCCUUGUUUACCUAUUGUUUGUUCUGUUGCACACCGUGCCCGUGCUCUAUGAGAAGUACGAGGAUCAUGUAGAUGCUUUUGCUGAGAAGGCAGCCAUUGAGCUCAAGAAGCAGUAUGCGGUAGCUGAUGAAAAGUUCUUGAGCAAGAUUCCAAGAGGGCCCUUGAAAGACAAGAAGUCUGCUUGAAGAGAGAAUUUAGAGCUAGCUAUGACAAGGUUUACUGCUGACAUUUACCCCCUGCUGCUGUUUUUUGUGUAGUAGUCACAACUCUUUAUGUUGUUUAGGACCUUUGUUUAUGUUGAUUGUUUUUCAACGUAUAUGAGCUUAUAUUUGAAAUGAACCAGGUGCUUUGUAAGAUAGUUUCUAGUCCUGGAUUCUUUUUAAACUCGUACGACUUCUAGUAUUAUGUUCAGUAUCUUGUGAGAUUUAGAUGAAAGUAGAUGAACAAUAAUGUAUUUUUGUACCUUCACCAUCUCUGAAUAUGUUUGCUUUUUAUGCUCUGUUACUAGUUA